AUGCAGCUCGACGAAGAUAUCUCGGGACUUCUAAGUGUACCCGGAGAAAUCCUGCUCAGAAUGUACAAAGUGCUCACGCUCCCUCUGGUUGUCUCAUCUGUGAUAUCAGCCAUGGCCCGCGUUCAAUUACGAACAUCAGGCCGCAUGUUCGUAAUGAUGAUCCUGUAUUAUCUGAGCUCGACACUGAGCGCAGCUUUCAUCGGCGUCCUGAUGGUCGCGCUCGUACGACCGGGUGACGUGAUUCUGCCAAAUCGAUCUGGAGACCCCGACGUCCAAGUAUCAGGCUUAGACACCGCGUUGGACUUCGUAAGGAACAUGUUCCCGACAAAUCUCGUGCAGGCAUGCUUCCAGCUUCACCGAACUGUUCGCGUGCCCGAGUCUCCAGUCAUCUUCAGCAUCGGUCUGAAUGCCAGUGAGCUACCGAGAGUCUUACGGCGAGAGUUCGAGUAUUCAGACGGCUUGAACAUUUUCGGCGUUAUCUUCUUCUGCUCGGUUUUCGGCCUAGUAUCCGGUUACAUGGGCGGUCUGGCUCAGACACACGUUCAAUUUUUCUCGAUACUGAAUUCCAUCUGCAUGCGAUUGGCUCACAUCAUCAACUGGUAUUUUCCCUUCGGUGUCUUGUUUCUUUUGGUACACUCGUGUGUAACUGGUGAUGACCUCGGCGUUCACCUGGCGGACGUUCGCGUUUAUAUUCUGACUGUUCUCGUGGGAUUGUUCGUGCAUUCCUUCAUACUUCUACCUCUCUGCUAUUAUUUGGUUGUCAAGAAAAGUCCUCUUGUUUUCGCCUGGAAGUGUUUCCAGGCAAUCAUGGUCGGUUUCGGUACGUCCGACAGCGUUGCGUCGGCGCCUGUGACGAUAUCAUGCCUCGAAAUGAGCGGAAUCGACCGGAGGGUCACACGUUUCGUGCUGCCGAUCGCGUGUGCCUUCAAUCUCGACGGUACCGCGCUUUACGCAGCCGUCGGUUCGAUUUUCGUAGCCAAUCUGAACGGUAUCCAACUGAGCUUCCAGCACUACAUCAUUGUCGGAGUAGUUGCUGCGUUGACGAGUUUCGCGAAUCGGGGGAUACCCAACGCCGUCGUGAUCACGAUGGUCCUCGUGUUGCAGUCAGCUGGCUUGAGCGCUAAGCAUCUGCCAGUGCUCUUGGCCGUCGACUGGAUCAUGAAUCGCUGCAGGACAGCAGUCAAUGUGUACAGUCAAGCCAUCGCAGCGGCGGUUGUCGCCCACGCCGUUCGCCACGAGCUCGAGGAAUCCGAAGACGCGCUCAGCCAACAUCAUUGGGAGCAUGUUCAUGACGUCGGCAUCAUAAAACGGCUACACUGAGUGAGUUGCGGCCUCCGAUUGGCUGGGACGUCCCUGAUUUACGUGAGCUAGCUCAGCUCGGGAUCGUACGGCCCUCCGAGAGUCCAUAAAGCGUGGAUGACGGCCAUGAGCCCCCUCCAUGGUUAUCGGGAGCGUUAAUUAUCUAACGGUUAACUUUCUUCCCGAUCCGAUCGGUGGGGGGAAUGAGCCUGAAGAUAUCGGACUUCCCCCCGUCCCACAGGAACCCAGCAGCUCAUGUGACUCGGAAUCGGAGGCUCCAUUCCGGCUCAAGCGAAUAUAUUUGGAGAACUACUAUCCUCUGAGACAUCUCACCCAAUAUAUCCAUUAUCCCGAAAAUCUCUGUCAAAUACCUCGAGUCAUCGAUCCGGACUCUCGGGAAACAUUGUUACAGAGAGAGUUCAUCGAAGUGUCCGACAGGUUCACCAGAACACAGAGCUGUAAUACGUAUGGCACUAGGAUAUACGGAAGACGUCUCUCGAUCUCAUCCUCAUGCCUGAAUUCUUUAAUCUUUCUUCCUCAUCAGCUCGAACGCUUCACGGAGCUUCAUUUUCGAAAUCUUUCCGAGGGAUGUCUUCGGGAACUCGUCUGUGACGAUAACAUAUUUCGGAACCUUGAUGCGACUCAACUGGAAUAAGACACG